AAUCAGUCCGGUUCGUUUUGGUUAGCAAAGUUGGAUCUGAUAGUACCAUCGGAUUGGUCUGAAGAUUCUGACUGGUUUUGGUCCGAAAGAGAACAAAAAAAAACAACAAAACUUUUCUGCAUGUUAGUACAUCGGACUCUUCUGUGUCCAAGACGCCUCAAAUUCCUACUAUCAGCUACCAAACACAAGCGUCACAUCACUCAGAUCCACGCCUUCGCAAUCACCGCCGGUCACUUACUUCAUGGAAGCUUCAUCGCGCGCGACCUCGUCUCUUCCUUCGUACGAAUCUGCGAGAUCUCGCACGCCCGCAAGGUGUUCGACAAAUUACCUCAGAGAAACGUAUCUGUUUACAACUCCAUGGUCGCGGCGUAUUCCCGUGGAAACAAACCAGACGAGGUUCUGAGCCUUUACGACGAGAUGAUAGACGAAGGCGUUCGGCCAGAUAGCUCGACGUUCACUAUGACGAUCAAGGCGUGCUUGAAUAAUGCUAUGAUGGUGUUGGAGAGAGGAGAGGCGGUGUGGUGUAAAGCUGUGGAAUGUGGGUAUGAAAACGAUGUCUUUGUGUGUUCAUCUGUGUUGAAUCUGUACAUGAAGCGCGGGAAGAUUGAGGAAGCUGAAGCUCUGUUUGGGAAGAUGAAGAAAAGGGAUCUUGUGUGUUGGACAACGAUGGUGACAGGGUUUGCACAAGCUGGUGAGUCGUUGAAGGCGGUUGAGUUCUACAGAGGAAUGCAAAGGGAAGGGUUUGGUAGAGAUGGGGUGGUGAUGAUUGGUCUCUUGCAAGCUUCUGCUGAUCUCGGAGAUCAGAGAAUGGGUUGUUCUGUGCAUGGUUAUUUGAUCAGGACAGGUCUUCCUAUGAAUGUUGUGGUUGAAACCACGUUGGUUGAUAUGUAUGUAAAGGUUGGGUUUAUAGAGCUUGCUUCGAGGGUGUUCAGUAGGAUGAUGUUUAAAACCGCGGUCUCGUGGGGUUCGUUGAUCUCUGGGUUUGCUCAAAACGGGUUAGCUGAUAAAGCCUUUGAAGCUGUAGUGGAGAUGCAGAGCGUUGGGUUUCAACCGGAUCUUGUGGCUCUCGUUGGAGUACUCUUGGCUUGUUCUCAAGUCGGAUCGUUAAAGACAGGUCGAUCGAUACACUGUUAUAUCUUGAAAAGGCACUUUCUUGACAGAGUAAGUGCUACUGCUCUGAUGGACAUGUACUCAAAAUGCGGCGUUAUUGCAAGUUCGAGAGAAAUUUUCGAUCAGACAAGAAGGAAAGACUUGGUUUGUUGGAACACGAUGAUAUCUUGUUAUGGAAUCCACGGAGACGGUGAAGAAGUUGUAUCCAUGUUCGUGAAAAUGACGGAAUCAGACAUAGAACCCGACCACGCCACGUUUGCGUCUCUUCUCUCUGCGUUUAGCCACUUAGGUCUAGUGGAACAAGGCCAGCAUUGGUUCAGCGCCAUGAGAAACAGAUACAAUAUCAAACCGAGCGAAAAGCAUUUCGUUUGUUUGAUUGAUCUUCUUGCACGUUCAGGGAGAGUGGAAGAAGCUCUCGACGUGAUAAACUCCGAGAAACUUGAUAGUUCUUUACCCGUUUGGGUUGCUCUUCUCUCAGGAUGCAUUAUCCAUAGGAACCUAUCGGUUGGUGAGAGAGCUGCUGAUAGGAUUCUAGAGUUGAAUCCGGAUAGCACCGGAGUCCAGACGCUGGUUUGUAACUUCUUUGCAACUGCGAAAAAGUGGAAGGAAGUGGCCAAAGUGAGGAAGAUGAUGAGAAGUGGGGCCAUGGAGAAAGUACCAGGGUACAGUGUGAUCGAGGUGAAUGGACAGCUUAGAACUUUUCUCAUGGAGGAUCUGAGGCACCAUGAGCAUCAUCAGAUGUUGCAAGUGUUGAGGGACUUGAGUUCUGAGAUGAGAGAUGUGUAUACAUGUACAUCCGUUUCUGAAUGUUUACAAAGUUACAGUCCUUGAAAAGAUUAUGGUAUGGAAGUCUAUACAUCC